AUGAUGCACUUCAUCAAGGUUGCUGCCGCCCUUAGCGGGCUUGCCUUUAUCGUCUCAGCCAGCCCUGCAGCUCCGGUGGAGCUCCUGGCUCUCCAAAGCCGCGCGACCAAACACAAUGACUUUUCGUGCAAGCCUAGCGCCGACCACCCAAACCCGGUUGUGCUGCUUCACGGACUCGGCGCCACCUACUAUGAGGACAUCAACUUCCUCGAGGCGUUUCUCCAGAGCAAAGGCUUCUGCACCUAUUCUCUGACUUACGGCGCUUACGACGGCUUCCCUUUAGUCGGCGGCCUCAAGCCCAUUGACGAGUCCUCGCACCAGAUCGCCGACCUGAUCAAUGAGGUGCAUGCCAAGACGGGCGCCAACAAGAUUGACAUUGUUGGCCACUCCGAAGGCGGCUUCCAGUCGCUCUACGUACCGAAGUUCCGCGAGGGCAUCUCGUCGCUCGUCGACCAUAUUGUUGCCAUUGCGCCGCCGACGCAUGGCACCACAUUUGCCAACUUGUUGAACCUUUUGCCGCUGUUUGGCAAAGACGCCCGCGAGAAUCUUGGCGAGAUUCUUGAAAAGGUGGGAUGUGCACCAUGCAACGAGAUCUCAACCGGCGGGCCCAGCAUUGCCAAGCUCAACGACGGCAAGCCCAUUGUGCAACCCGGCAACAAGGUCACCGUCAUCACCUCCAAGCACGACGAGCUCGUUACACCCACAACCACUUCCUUUAUCCAGGAAGACGGCGUCAACAAUAUCUACAUCCAAGACUACUGCAAGUCGGACCCUGCCGGCCACAUUGGCGAGGCUUACGAUACCAAUGUCUGGAACCUGGUUCUUAACUCGCUGGAGGAUCAAGUGGGUCGCAAGUUUUUAUGUCUGGCUGGUCCCCCAGUCAGUGGUGCCAUUACGCAAACUCGCGGCGGCUUAGACUUGGAAAACCCGCCCGCCGUGUGGGAUGGCCUUAAAUAUAAAAUGAAGCUGUGCAGAACUUUUUCUGGUUGA